AUGAACGGCCAAGCAAUACCAGGCUAUUUCUGGGACGCUGAGAAGAAGAAAUACUUCAGGAUCCAGAAUCAGACUGCAGCACAAGGCUCGAAUCUCAAAUACUCCUCGGAAAAUAUCAGGAAAACUGAGCGCAAAGAACGCAUCCAGAAUGUUGCCAUUGCGCGCUCGAAUAAGAUCCGGAAGGAGCGCGUUGUCAGGCGCAAUCCGAACACUUUCGCGCAGACCAAUCUGGAUAGAGAAACUGGAGCCCUUGCAGUAACUACAUAUGGCUCAGAUCGACCUCCAGAAUUGUGGCUCAGCGAUCCAGGGCUCGAUGAUCCAUACGUGGGUCAGAAGUUUACACCAAAGGACUGUUCGGCGAUAUGGGGUGCUGCAGCCAGACCGUCAACCUUCACGCCUUCACCAGGUGUCGCAAACACCGUCGCAGCGACCUGGUCCGAGCAUCUUGCAGUCGCAGCUUCGAGUUCAAUGCUCCUCUUCGCCCGCUCACAAGCAGGAGCAUGGGACUCGCAAACUGCCGUGAAACCACUCGACUCAGACGUGCUAGCAUUGGAAUGGAUAUCGUACACCACCGUCGCUCUCGGUUGCCGUAACGGAAAUAUCCGACUAUAUGACACAAGAUCAGGUGGUUCAAGUCAUGUUCUCACUCAUCCAUCCCCCGUUUCAAAGCUCAAGCGUGCCGACGAUGAGACCAGACUGAUUUGCUCGGGGCUCCAAGACACGCUUUUCCUAUACGACAUCCGCGCACCCCGCUUAUCACGUAAUGCAUCACGAAAGACAUUCAACUACGAAAACCAUCACUACAACGAGGAAUACUUCAGAUCUUUGUAUCCUACCCACCGCGAUGGACACAAGCGUCGUAAACUCAACCACAAGGCUUUUAAGAAUUGGUCGCAGCCUGUUUUGACCUUUGAACAUGCGAACCGGGACGAGCUGGAUCUGGAUAUCGACGUACAUCCCAGACUGGGUCUUCUAGCGGCUGCUCAAGAUAAAUCGACGGGCACUGCGAUUCGAAUUAGCAAUAUUUGUACGGGCAAGACAGUCAAGGAGAUCAAGACUGAUCAUGCCACCAAGCAUGGCAAGAUGACGACACAUGAUCCGAUACGGUCGCUCAAGUUCAUUGAUCGAUAUGAUGAUGUGGAUGGCGGGGUCGAUCUAUGGUCUUGUUGGAACGGCGGUAUUGCGAAGUUCGGAUGGGGAGAUGGAUCAAAAAUGAAGCUCCCUGAACUGCCCGAUACAAUAAUGCCACAACUCGACAUCGAAAAAGGCGCCACCAUGACCGACAGCAAGUACUCUGCGCCCUCCUCUCACACCAACACACCUAUUCUCAAAAGUAGCACCUUUCGCACCCAAUUCAGCACCACAAUCCCCCUCAUGGCCGCGUACAUCUCGCUCUACCUAACAAACUAUUACCUCUGUCCUUCCGGCCCAGGGUUUCGCCACCGCUCCAACGACUCAGGACGUAUCUGCCCACUCGUUGCUAUUCUCAUGCUCCUCGCUCCCGAUAUCAUACAGGAAGCCUUCGCCGCGACGACUGCAUCUAUCCCGGACGAGUCCCCAUGUUUUGGGUUUGGGUGGUUAGCUUUUACCGUGGGGUUAUUGGUGCCGGUGAUGCGUGGUAGUAAGAGUUUGUUGCCUAGAGAGGAAGAAGAAGAAGAAGAUGUCAAGGUUAUAAGUAUGGAUGUGAAGAAGGGGAGCUUGGAGAGGAACAGCAGAUUGAGACCCGGAAGAUUGCUGAGGGACCUGGAGUCGAGUUGUAUGCGCGAGACGGGCGACAAGGAUACCAUCGUCGAGAUCCUCGAGUCUGUCAGUCAGCCAUCAACACACCGAUCCUCGUGGACGCUGAGGAAAAACCACAGUAUGGCUACUGCUGUCUUUCAAUUCUGCCUCGCAGGCUUGUUCUGGUACUGUUACCGUGACCUCUCUGUCCCCCUGCUUCUCAGCACGUCGAUUUUACUGGUAGAAGCGACCGCAAGCCUCCCUAUCUGGUCUGCACAGAAACCCUCUUCGCACGCAGGUAGUCGCCAAGGUGGCGCAUACGCGUUGAUGCGCGACAAAGAGACACCGCCACAUCAUAUCUUCAUCAUUCAACCUGCAAAGCCUGAUAUAUCCAAUGUCCAAGACACAGCCGCGCUGCGAGUGCCAUACGACCAUCAGAUGCACGCCGUAUCGAUCCCAAUAUUCAUCCUCAUAUCAGGUGGUUUCCUCAGUCAAGCACUUCUUUGCACGCAACUCUCGGAUGCCGCAGCGGUAGGCAUGCUAGCCAUCAUGUUUUGCGGUACCAUUAGUAACGUGGCUAUUGCUGUUUUACCGAGGGAGCCAACGGUAGGAGGUAUGAAGUUGGAGUCUGUGGACGUGAUUGUAGGGAAGAGUGGUGUUGUCGGGGCAUUGAGGGAGGUGGAAACCAGGUUGGAAGGAUAUGGGGAAGUGUUGGUUAGGCAAUGUUUCCCAGAGAAGCUUGGGGAAUGGGAAGGUCGAAAAGAGAAGGUGCUAAGGAUGAUAGACGUAGGGAACAUGGACUGA